AUGCGAAUACGUUUCCACGCUCGCCAGAAAUCACGACGGCACAGUGUUGACCAACCACGAUCAGCAACGCCUCUGUCAUGUUGUGUGCAGGGAUCGCUGCAGUUUUGGUCGAGAAUGUCAAGUGCCUCUGCAGAGCGGUCGCAGAAGCACAGAUCUCGUUUGAUGGUUUGCAAUGAACAGCUGAGGUUCUGCAAACGAGGACAUGCCACACUGGCCGCACGUUCAGACAACCAGCGUGUGGAAUCGCAGGGGCUGCUCCUCCAGGGUCACCAAAAGCUGAGGACUGAGCAUAUUCGUGAAACUUGCGAAGCAUACCAGGACUGGGCCAGCCACUGGGAGGAAGUUCAGCGCCAGGGCGUUGCAAGGGUCAAAACAUUCAAUGACCUCGUUCAAGCAGAGGCGGUGGCUUUGUCGGGCCAUAGAGCAAAGUCUGUGCAUUGGGGGUACCAAGUAUCCCGGGAGCUGAUGACGGGCCUCGAAAUACCAUUGGAUUCAGCAGGUCAGGUGAUAAUAGUUCGUACGUGGUGGUCAAGAUGGAGCACACUGGAUUGA